AUGGAGUUUUUCUAUGACUCUUUCACUUUCAAGACCCCAGCAGCAGCAGCUUCACUUUUUCUCUCUUCUCCCCAAUCCAAUUUUAUUAGCAGCAGUAACACCAUUUUUUUGUUGAGCAGAUCAAAAUCCCAGAAAAAACCUGUUUCCUUUGUUGUCGGUCGACCAGGACGGAGGACAACAGUCGAGCCUGCUAGAAAGGGCUUUACUUGCAAUGCUUUGUUUGGUCUUGGGUUGCCAGAACUUGUCGUUAUUGGUGGAGUGGCUGCUCUUGUGUUUGGACCUAAAAAGCUGCCUGAAGUUGGCAAGACUAUUGGGAAAACUUUUCAAGAGUUUUCAGCAAGUUUGUCGAUUUCUUCACCUGGGUUUUUGCUCAAUAUGUAA